GGUAAGCCCCCGUCUUUUGUGGCGGCCAUUUUAUACAGCGAAAAACUGCUCGAUGAGAGAGCACUGCUGAGAUAUAUCUUUUGUGGUAACCCUUGCCAUUAAACCUACAUUUAUAGUUUUCGUACAGAUACUAUCGGUAAGGAGCCCGCAUUCGCAUUGCCCACAAAGUACCUUCCAGAUUUACAAGCAAAUUUUCGAGGAAGAGUUUAUUUACAGGAAUGGGUCGUGAAACAAGAGUACUGUCUUCAUUUUUGUUUCUACAUUGCUAAGGCGUGGCUAAUGGACGGUCAGAUUUGUUUGAAAGCUCUCUGCCCAUGUUAUAGUAUGGAAUAGCGAAGCUACAGUAACACAAGUGGUGUGAUUGUCAAGAAUGACAGCAUUCUCGUGUCUUUGAGCUGCAUUUUUAAGGAUUGACUUGGCUGUCCUCUUCUACUGUUAAGGACAAACACCUCUGUUGCAGGUGUGUGUUGUUGAUUCAGCUCAGCAUGGCUGUUGUCAUCCGUUUGCAAGGUCUGCCAAUUGUGGCAGGGACUAUGGACAUUCGCCACUUCUUCUCUGGAUUGACAAUUCCUGAUGGGGGCGUACAUAUUGUAGGGGGUGAACAUGGUGAGGCUUUCAUCGUUUUUGCCACCGAUGAAGAUGCAAGGCUUGGUAUGAUGCGUACAGGUGGUACCAUAAAAGGGUCCAAAGUUACACUUCUGCUGAGUAGCAAAACUGAAAUGCAAAACAUGAUAGAGCUCAGCCGCAGACGCUUUGAAACUGCUAAUUUAGACAUGUCACCAGCAAAUUCUGGCAGAGCUGGGGCUGCUCCUAAUUCUGGAUUAAGUGGAAGAGGUACUUUGCCAACUACAUUACCAUCGACUUUGUCUAGUGCAAUGCCCACUGCCCUUCCCAGUUCUCUUUCUAGCUCUAUGCCUAGCUCCAUACCCAGUUCUUUGCCUAGCGCACUGCCUAGUGCUGUGCCAAGUGCUUUAUCUAGCUCUGUACCCAGUGCAGUACCCAAUGCCAUGCCCAGUGCUAUACCCAGUGCGAUGCCUAGUACUGCAUCUAGUGCACUGCCGAGUGGUAUGCCUAGUGCAUUGCCAAGUUGUAUGCCUAGUGUGCUGCCAAGCGGUAUGCCAGGGACCCUUCCUAGUGGAAUGCCAGGGACCCUUCCCAGUGGAAUGCCAGGGGCCCUUCCCAGUGGUAUGCCUGGUUCUUUAUCUAGUAUGCCUGGCUCUUUACCUAGCGGUAUGCCUGGAUCUUUGCCUAGUAGUGUGCCUGGUGCUCUAACCACUGGUGUACCUGGCUCACUGCCUAGUGGCUUGUCUGGCUCACUGCCUAGUGGCUUGCCUGGUACAAUGCCCAGUAGUAUGCCAGGUGCACUGCCCAGUGGCGUUUCUAGUGGUACACCCAGUGGAAUGUCUGGCAUGCCCAGUGGAAUGCCCAGUGGAAUGUCUGGUGGCAUGCCAAGUUGCAUGUCUGGUGGCAUGCCAAGUGGUAUGCCAAGUGGUAUGUCUGGUGGCAUGCCAAGUGGUAUGUCUGGUGGCAUGCCAAGUGGUAUGUCUGGUGGCAUGCCAAGUGGUAUGUCUGGUGGCAUGCCAAGUGGUAUGUCUGGUGGCAUGCCAAGUGGUAUGUCUGGUGGCAUGCCAAGUGGUAUGUCUGGUGGCAUGCCAAGUGGUAUGUCUGGUGGCAUGCCAAGUGGUAUGUCUGGUGGCAUGCCAAGUGGUAUGUCUGGUGGCAUGCCCAGCGGCAUGACUGCCGGCAUGCCCAGUGGGUUGUCUAGCAGCAUGCCCAGUGGUAUGUUGCCUAGUGGAAUGCCCAGCACCCUGAGCAGUGGUAUGUCUACUUCAGUGCCUGCUUCAAUGCCCACUACAAUGCCUAGUUUUAGCAGUUCUGCCCCUAGUGUCACAUCUACACCUUCCACUGCCCAUGAAAGCAACAAAAACCUACCUUCAUUUUCUACAUCUACUAUGGGAAGUGUUCCUCCCAGUGUUGGCACUACAUUUGUCACUCCAAGCUUUAGCACUACCAUUCAGAGCAGUGCAGUUGCACAGAUGAAUUCCUUACCUCCGCCACCAGUUCCUCCACUGCCAUCAAUGUCAUCUUUGCCACCAUUGCCUUCUCUUCCUCCAAUUUCAGUUCCUCCUCCUGUGCCUACUAUGCCUCCAGUCCCGCCAGUGCCACCACUGACGUCAUUGCCACCAAUGGCAGGGAUGCCUCCUAUGAAUACCCCACCUGUUGGACCAGUACCAGGUGGAAUGAGUAGUUCACGGCCUGUUAUGAACUUAAACAACAGUAUGAAUCCUUUGUUUAUGGGUCCUAUGAAUCCUGCAAACCCUGUAAAUCCACUGAGUUCUCAGAGUACAUUAAAACCACAUCCUAUAAACCCAGAUGAUUUGUAUAUUCGACUCCAUGGAGUACCUUUUUCUGCUACAGAAGCAGAUGUGAGAGACUACUAUAGUGGGCUUCAGGUAGAAUCUGUGUAUAUGUUGAGGGAUCACCUUGGGCGAAGUAGUGGAAUUGUGUUUGUGAAAUUCUUCUCACCACAAGAUACUUUUGAAGCUUUGACACGUCCUAGACAGCCAAUGGGUGGACGUUUUAUUGAUGUAAGUCCUGCUACAGAAGGACAGUGGAUAGCUUCUGGGGCACCUUUGAGUUUCAAGCAAAGCAUUGGUUACUCUGCACAAAGUCGUUUGCAUUCGCAGUCAAGAUCAGGGUCUCCUGGUGGUCGUAGAAGGUCUAGGUCACGCUCUCCUCAUGAACAGGACUUUUGUGUUUAUUUAAGAGGUCUUCCUUAUGAAACUGGAAAAGACCAAGUUAGGGAGUUUUUUAAAAAACUUGAUAUAGUAGAAGACACCAUCUACAUAGUGCAAGGACCAGAUGGAAGAGCAUCCGGUGAAGGCUUUGUAGAGUUUAAGACUGAGAUUGACUACAAAGCGGCUCUUUGUCGAAACAGGCAGCACCUGGGUAAUCGUUUUGUUCAGGUUCACCCAAUAAGUAAAAGAGGUAUGUUAGAAAAGAUUGGGGCUAUCCGCAGUAGAUUACACAGUCAGGGGUACAGUGAUCAGAAUCCUAAUGUAAAAUUUGAGGGAGAAAAGGCCCAGCCCAGGAUAUGUGCGCAUAUAUCAAAUCUUCCAUACAAUGUCACAAGUAAGCAAAUUCUUCAGUUUUUAGAGGGGAUAGGAGUAGAAGAAAACAGUUUGCGUGUUCUAGUUGAUAAUAAUGGUCAUGGAUUAGGACAGGCAGUUGUAAAGUUCAAAUCUGAAGAAGAAGCCCUUAAAGCAGAACAGCUUCAUCGUAAAAAAUUAAAUGGCAGAGAUGCUUUUUUGAACCUCUGUACAGUAGAAGAUAUGAAAGCAUUAGAAAGAAAUCCUCCACUCCAUAUUGGAAGAAGGGGUGUAAAAUAUCCACUACUUGUGAGUUCCAGUUCAUCCUCAGGGCAGAAUUAUAGUAGAGAGGAUGAGUAUUCUCAGACUAGUAACACUUCUAGUGAAAAUCAAAAUAGUCAUCCAUUUACAUCUGCAAAAGCCUUUAGUAGUUCUAGUAAUAUGUUUGGCCCACCACUACCACCUCCAGGAUUAGGCACUAGUUUUAGUGAGGGCCAUUCUGGAGCAGCACCUAAUGGAAGUAGUGGUUUACCUGGUCCUGCAGGAGAACCUCCAAGUUAUGGAAGCAGUUCAAGUAGUUUAAGUGGGCCUUCAAGUUAUGGAGCUGCUCCAGGGAAUUUAUCUGCCCCUCCUAGUUUUGGAAAUGGCCCUGGAAAACUUAGUGCUCCUCCUGGCUUUGGAAGUGCCCCUCCAAGUUUUGGAAGUGGUCCCCCUGCUCCUGGAAGUGGCCCUAGUCAGUUGAGUGCACCCCCUGGUUUUGGACCUGCUCCUAGUACCUUAACUGGGCCCCCUGGCUUUACAGCUGGUCCUGGUAAAACAGCACCAGCUGUUGUAAAAGUACAGAAUAUGCCAUUCACUGUAACUGUUGAUGAGAUUAUGGAUUUUUUCUAUGGUUAUCAGUUGAUCCCAGGUUCAGUUUGUUUGAAAUUUAGUGAGAAGGGCUUGCCCACAGGUGAGGCAAUGGUUGCUUUUGAAUCCAGAGAUGAAGCUACAGCAGCAGUUGUAGAUUUAAAUGACAGGCCCAUAGGUUCAAGGAAAGUCAAACUUAUGGCUCAGUGUGUAACCAAAGUUGAACUGUCCAUUUCAUGUGAAAAUUUGUUGGAUAAGGAUGUUGGCUCAAAGUCUGAUCCACUUUGUGUAUUGCUGCAGAGCACUGGGAAUGACAAAUGGGUUGAGCUAGAUCGAACAGAGAGAGUGAAAAAUGAUGAAAAUCCUAACUUUUCCAAGAAGCUCCAUAUUGAUUACUAUUUUGAACAAGUCCAGAAACUGAAGUUUGGUGUUUAUGAUAUUGAUAAUAAAUCUGUGGAUCUGAAUGAUGAUGACUAUCUGGGAGGAUUUGAAUGCACUUUGGGGCAGAUUGUGUCCAGUAAAAAGCUAACAAGACCUCUGGAACUGAAGAAAGGAAAGCCUGCAGGAAAAGGCAUGAUCACUAUAAUUGCUGAUGAAAUAAAAGAUAACCGUUGUAUAACCCUUGAUAUUGAAGCAAAAAACCUGGACAACAAGGACUUCCUGGGCAAAUCUGAUCCAUUUCUGGAGUUUUUUAAACAAGGAGAGGAUGGCAAGUGGCAACUUACAUAUAGAACAGAGGUAGUGAAGAAUAAUUUGAAUCCCUGCUGGAGGAAAUUUUCAGUACCAUUGCAGACGUUCUGCGACAGUGAUUUAAGUAAACAAAUUAAGGUGCAUUGUACUGAUUACGAUGAUGAUGGAUCUCAUGAUCUCAUAGGCAUUUUUGAAACUAAAGUGUCUGAGUUGCAGAAGUCAGAUGGAGGUACACCGGUUGAAUUUGACUGCAUCAACCCAGAGAAAAAACAAAAGAAGAAAAAUUACAAAAAUUCAGGGGUUGUGAGAGUUAAGUCAUGCAAGAUCAAUGUGGAAUACUCCUUCCUGGAUUACAUCAUGGGAGGCUGCCAAUUAAAUUUUACAGUUGGCAUUGAUUUCACUGGUUCCAAUGGAGAUCCACGCUCACCAGAUUCCUUACACUACCUUAGCCCAAAUGGACAAAAUGAAUACUUGAUCGCCAUCUGGACUGUAGGAAACAUUAUCCAGGAUUAUGAUACAGACAAACUGUUUCCUGCAUUUGGAUUUGGAGCACAGGUCCCUCCAAAAUGGCAGGUGUCACAUGAAUUUGCCAUCAACUUUAACCCCAGCAACCCUUAUUGUCAAGGUAUCACUGGCAUUGUGGAAGCGUACCGCCAGUGUUUGCCUCAGGUUAAACUGUAUGGUCCCACUAAUUUUUCUCCAAUUAUCAACCAUGUGGCAAGAUUUGCUGCUGGUGCUGCUCAACAGAAAACUGCCUCUCAAUAUUUUGUCCUGUUGAUAAUCACCGAUGGAGAAAUUACAGACUUGGAUCAGACCAGAAAUGCAAUUGUAAAUGCCUCUAAAUUACCUAUGUCUGUCAUAAUCAUUGGAGUUGGCAGUGCUGAUUUCAAAGCAAUGGAAUUCCUGGAUGGAGAUAACGGUGUUUUGAAGUCUAUGUCAGGUGAACCUGUUGCAAGAGAUAUUGUACAGUUUGUGGCUUUCAGGCAGUUUCAAAAAGAACCAAAGGAAGCUCUUUCUCAGGCUGUUCUUGCUGAAAUACCAAACCAAGUUGUAUCCUAUUUCAAGUUGUUAGGACUUCCUCCAGUCAAGUUGCCAGAGAAGAAACAACCCUAAGUGAAAUCUGAAGAGAUAUCAGUACACAAUUAUGUAUAGCUGGACGGAACAGCAAACCACAGAAAGAAUGUAUUGUACUUAAUAUAUCUAUCUAGUUUCGGCUUUGAAAUGCAUUUUUUGCUUAAAAGUUUCUACUGCUGGGGAAGAAACAAAUUGCAAAUGGAAAAUUAUGUAAAAUCUUUUUCACAUACUGCACUUAAAACAUGUUUAGCUGUUACAGACUUGACUCCCUUGCGAGUGCAUUGAGCAUCAGGAAGUGUUGAGAAAUGGGUACAAAUGUUAAUAUUUACAGUUUUGGAAAGGAGUUACAAUGCUAAUGUGUAUCAGCAAAUUGAUAAUUAUGCGUAUUUUCACAUUCAAGUAAUGGUAUAGGGCAUCAUAGUAUGUGUGCAAUUCAGUGAAAUUCAGGUUGUAUUUUAAGUGCCUGAUGGUGCCUUUGUAGGUUUCAAGACAUGUAUCAAAAGAUCGAUGAUGAAGCAUAUGUUAGUGUAUAAUGUUCACACUCAAGUGAUGGUGUAGGUCAUCGUGACAUGUAUGCAGGCCAGCGAAAUUCAGAUUUCAUUUUUUAUGCCUGAUAGUGCCUUUAUAUGUUUUGCUGUUGCAGAUGUGCCUUAUGCCCUUUUUGUUAAAGAAUUUUUUCAUUUAUGGUGUUAUAAAUUGUAUACUGGCUUUUCUCUACAAUCCUCUUCAUACUUUUGUGGCCAAAGUUUAAGAAAUAUUACAGUAAGUAUUAGUGAGAAUAAGCUGAAAAGGAUUGUGUUGUUCUAUUAGGUUUGUAUUUUAAUAACAGUUUGUCCUUAAUUCCUUCUUGAAUAGGAUUAUGCCAAAACUGCACAAAGGUAGAAGACCAUUAAGGGGAGCAGAACAUUUACUAGUAUUCUGAGCAUUAAAAUGAAAAAAGGAAUCACUAUGUGUGAAUAAAAAAGUAAGAAGAGUAGUGGGGGUCACAUUUUCAUAUUGCCAAGUUAUAAUCUUUUCACUUUUUUCAGGGUCAGUCUGGAGUACGACUAUAAGCAACAUUUUAUAUGAGGUGAGAAUUCUUGGUAUUGUAAGGAUAAGCAUCCCAGUAACCAGACUGUUAAAUUUUUACAGGAAUUAUCUCAUUCUGCCAUUUAUAGAUUUUUGGGAAUGCUUAAAUAUGCUGGUACUUAAUAAAAUUAUUAAAUCUAAGUAGUAUGAAAUCAUGUGGUCUGCAUUUGUGUUUUGCAGGAGUAAUGCAAAAACGUAACUGUCUUUGUGAAUUUUACCUCUUAAUCUGUAAGGUUAAGGUUUGUUGAAGUACUGCUGCAUGGUGAGCCUGAAAUGUUUCCAGUUUGAAUCAACCCUCUCUUUUCUGAUUUGCCUUAUUUAUAAUCAUUUUCCAAAGUUUGGGAAGGGUAGGUUAUGUGGACCUGUAACUGUGAUGUGCGCAGUAUAAUUUAUGUUGAAUAUUUUUUGUUAUAUUGCCAACUGAUUUAUCAGAAAUAAUUUCCAUCAAGAAUAAUUCACUAAAUAGUGCUUUGACAAACAUUCAGACUGCACUACCCACCCUGCCAUGCAAAGGGCUGCCACAUACCAUCCUAAUGCUUGUUAUGAAAAAUUCCAAUGUUACCUAACCUAAGGAAAAGAUGAAAAAACCCAGAGAGUUUUUGUUGAAGUCUUUCUUCAGUUGUUUAGUUUUGUUGAGUAGUCUUCAUAUCACUCAGUGAUAAAACAACUAAUUCACAUUUGUUACAUUGUUUCAUUUCUAAAUUUGAGCAUUUACUCUGCUGAAACUAGUAAUUGGCUUUAGGAAGAUAUAGGGCAUUAACUUGACUGUUAAUAAUGGACCAAGGAUCAGAAAACCCUUGUUAGCUUUGCACUAGGGACUUUUUAAUUUACAAUUCUCUCUUGCUGAUUCAUGUACGUUCUUUAAGUGUGUGGUAACAGUAAUCAGUUUUAAAAAGGGUACAAUAUUGGUAUGCGUUUAAUAAUUUUCUUUGCCAGCCUGAUUUGGGGAGUAUUUGUCAUGCAUUUUUUUAAAAGUAUCCAGAUUCCAUCUCGUAUUCCAUGUUUUCAGAGGAGAUGAUGUUGCAGUGCAUACUACACUGUAUUGCAUAAGCAAGUGCAUUUUGUAUACUGAUUUGAAACUUCCACAGCAUUCUUUUAACCAUGCUAUGUUGUAUUAUAUGAGUAGUUGCAUUUACUUGCAGAUGUUUUGUCAAAGUCCUUGUACCAGUUUAUAUAUUCGCAGAAAGGCUGAAGGACCACUGCUGAUGCUCUACCCCACAGUGUAAGAUGAGAUCCAUUCUCGUCAGCCUACUCGAUGAGGAUGGACUUUCAUAUUGAGAUCUAAUGUUAUGACACACACACGUUUCAUUUAGAUUAUACUGACAUAGAAGUGAGUAUGGCAGUACUGUAGUAAGACUGUUUCAUUAUUCUCUUGCUAAUAAAAUGUACCCCUCCUGUGCUCUGACUUGGUGGAACACUUUGACUCUUAAAAUUUGUACUACAAAGUGAUUUAGUAUUCUGUCUGUUACAUUGGAAUUUUAAUUGUCCCUAAGGGCAGAAUGUAUAUUCAGGGGUAGAGCAGUAGCAAAACUGAACUGUCAAUUUUCUGCUGAACAUCAUGCGACUCAGGCAUUGAUAUCCCACUGUGAAAGUAGGUUUACAGUUCAGAAGUAGCAUAAUAACCACUUACGAUGCACCGAUGAUGCAUACUUGUUUAAUUUACUGGGUGGUGCAGACAUUUUCAAUAUUUUUUUUACUGAUGCCUUCAUUUUUUCUUAUUUUUGGAUUUCUUGUAUUUUCAUUGAUCAUGCAGAAGAAUGGUUUACAGAAUGCUUUUGACUGUUUGCACAUGUACUGAAAUGCAAAAUAAAAAAUCAACACAA